UAGAAGAAAUGAAGAAUGGUGAGUGUGAUUUAUCAUGUUGUUUCUCUCUUCUCAGGAGUUCACUCAUGGCAGCUGAUGUACGGCUGUGAGCUGGAUGAUGAUGGCACCAAACGAGGAUACUAUCAGUAUGGUUAUGAUGGAGAGGACUUUGUCAGUCUGGAUAAGAGCACCCUCACCUGGACUGCUGCUAAUCCUCAAGCUGUCAUUACCAAGAACAAAUGGGAGACUAAAGAAAGACAGUUUGCAGAAUACUGGUAAUGAUGUAUGGAUAUCUGGUGAAUUGAUUGGUUGAGUGGGUGUGUGAGUUUUUGGGAUGUGGGUCUGGAGAGAAAAGUCUCUCCUCAGGUGUCUCUGCUGCAGAAGUCUUCCUCGUCUUCAGUCAAAUGUCAUGCCACAGGUUUUUUCCCCAGUGGAGUAACAAUCUCCUGGCAGAAAAAUGGACAAGAGCAUCACGAGGAUGUGUAUCUUGGUGAACUUCUUCCAAAUGAGGACGGGACCUUUCAGAGGACGAGCACCAUCAGAGUUUCACCUGAUGAGCUGAAGAAGAACCAGUUCAGCUGUGUGGUGGAGCAUCAGGGCAAAACCAUCAGAAGCAUUCUGACAGAUGCUUCUGUCCCCAUCGGCAUCAUUCUUGGUGCUGUUGCUGGUGUCCUCCUGUUGAUUGUCACUGCUGUUGCUGGAUAUAAGAUCUAUCAGAGAAAGAAAGGCUUUAAACCUGUCAAUGCCUCUGAUGAUGGUUCAAACAGCUCAGCUCGUUCAGAUACAAAAGCAUAAAGAUGAGAUGUUGACCAGAUGAGUGCAAGAGAUGAAGUAAAAAUGAGCUUAUCCUGCUGUCCAUCUUGUUUAUAACACACAAACACACACUUUCUCUCACACAUAGGAUCAUAGAUUUCAGUGACAGGAUUGAUUUAUAUCAUGCUUCCAUAAUUAUAUAAUCAUACACUUUAUGUUCAUCUUUUGUUUUUCUUUAACUGGAUGAACUUGUUCAUUUUAGGAUGACAUGUUGAUCUCAGAACUUAAUUGUAAAAUGUAUAUGUUUCUCUUUGGUGACAAAACCAGAGAAAACUAAGAAUAUAGAGAGACUAUUUCUGUGGAAUAUAUGAAAUAAAUCAGGGGAAGGCUAAAAAGUCAUGGAAAACUAUCUUCUUCUG